AUGGAAUUUGAAACUCUGGCCCAUUUGCUCAAGUUGUUAGCACUGGUGGUUGUCACGUAUUUGGUGGUUACUAUUGUGUUUCCUCCUAUAAACUUUCCUAGAAACAUUCCAACAAUCCCAUUCUAUGUGUCUUUUUUAGGUUCCUACACUGACUUGGAUCAAAGUCAAAUCUAUGAAUUGUAUUUAAAACAUCAUUUGCAAAAAUAUGGUGCUGUAAAGAUUUAUUUUGCUUCAAGAUGGAAUAUAUUGGUGACUAGACCUGAAUAUUUACAACAAGUGUUUAAAGAGGAGGAUGUAUUUGCUAAAAGCGGGAACCAGAAAAAGAUUCCUUAUGCUGUUUUGUCUAGAUAUACUGGUGAUAAUGUGAUUAGUGCUCAUGGUAAAGUUUGGAAACUUUAUAGAAGUGUUAUAACAAAUAGUAUUCAAUUCCCCAAUAAGGCACCUGUUGCUGAGAAUUCUAAGAAAUUGGUUAAGUUAUUACAAGAAAAAAUUGGUGAUGAACCAACUAUCUUGGCUGUUGGUGAUUUUUUACAAAAAUUUGCCUUGCAAAACAUUUGUGAAUCCAUGGUUGGUGUUGAUUUCAAAUUGUUGGAUAAUUCAAAAGAUCAAGAAUUGCAUCAACGAUUAAAAUUUGUCAAGUCACAAAUUUUCAAACCAAUCUAUAUGAAUUUCCCAUUUUUGGAUAAGUUGCCAAUCCCAUCAAGAGUAAAAGCUAGGGAAGAAGUUGACAAAUUUAGAUCUUAUUUCACCAACAAGAUUAAAGAUGAACAAUCAAAACCAGGUGCCAAUAAGGAAAUUGCAGGAUACAAGUUAUAUGAAGCUUUACAAAAGGGUAAAAUCACUGAACAACAAUUUACUGAUAAUGCUGUUAUUAUACUUGUUGCAGGCCAUGAAAAUCCUCAAUUGUUUUUCACUUCGAUUUUAUAUGUUUUGGCCAAAUAUCCUGAAUGGCAACACAAGCUAAGAGAUGAAUUGGAUUCAAUCGCAUUAGAUGACAUUGAAACUUCAAAGACUUUAAAUUCUGUGUUGUUUGAGAUUUUAAGAAUGUAUCCACCAUUGGGUCAAAUUAUUAACAGAGAAACCACCAAAAAUACAUUGUUGGGCUCAAAUAUUCAUAUUCCUAAAGGUGCUUAUGUUGGAUAUAAUAAUUUUGCAACUGGACGUGAUUCUUCUCAUUGGAGAGAUGAAGAUGAAUUUAAACCAGAGAGAUGGGGUGAAAGUAAUGAUGAAGUUUUGAAAAAUUACAAGUUGGCAAAGAUUAACUGCUCUUUAGCUGCAUUCCAUGGUGGAAGAAGAGCUUGUCUUGGUGAAAAAUUUGCCCUAUUUGAAGCUAAAAUAUUUGUUAAAUAUAUUGUUGAAAGUUUUAACUUGGAACUGGAUCCAACUUGGAGAGAGAAAUUGACCCCUGCUGGUCCUAUUUGUCCGUUAAUGUUGAGAAUCAAGUUUGAAAAGAUUUCAAACAGAGGAUAA